AUGGAUUCAGAAGAUGACUUCAUGUCCGAUUCCCUCAGUGGUGAUGAGAUCGAUUUCGACGAAGGAACGCAGGAUAGUGACGUUGGCAGCAUAGAAGGCGAUUUCGAUCAGGAUCACGACGGCGGCUUUGCGUACGACAAAGACAUCUUCACAAAUCCCCAGAAACCCUACGAAGUGGAAUUCAAGGUCUUGAGUCCCAAGGACAUACAAUCGCUGCAGGAGCGGCAAUUCCAGGAAGUUUCAUCAAUCAUUGAACUGCCUCCCGAACAGACAGCCAUCCUACUUCGGUACAUGAGAUGGAACAAGGAGAAACUGAUCGAGUCAUAUAUGGAUUUCCCGGAAAAGGUCCUUGAAGAGGCAGGCUUAGGGUCGAGUUUCUCGGAAUCGCCAAAGACCACGACAGUCCCAGGUUUUACAUGCGAGAUUUGCUAUGAGGACGAUCCUGACUUGCAGACAUAUGCCAUGAGAUGUGGUCACCGAUACUGUGUUGACUGCUACUCCCAUUACCUAGGUCAGAAGGUCAAGGAAGAAGGAGAGGCUGCGAGGAUUCAGUGCCCCUUUGAUGGCUGCCACCGGAUCGUGGACUCGAAAUCGCUUAGACUACUGGUGGACCAGACCGUUUGGGAACGUUACCAGGUACUUCUCACGCGGACAUAUGUGGACGACAAGGCAAACCUGAAAUGGUGCCCGGCCCCAGAGUGUGAAUAUGCCAUUGAUUGUCCAGUCAAGAAACGGGACCUCACCAGAAUCGUUCCUACCGUGCGUUGCUCACACGAUCAUAGCUUUUGUUUUGGCUGCACUCUGGCCGAUCACCGACCUGCUCCCUGCUCUCUGGUCAAGAGAUGGCUGAAGAAGUGUGAGGAUGACUCCGAAACGUCGAACUGGAUCUCAGCCAAUACAAAGGAAUGCCCCAAAUGCCAAUCUACCAUUGAAAAGAACGGUGGCUGCAAUCACAUGACUUGUCGCAAGUGCAAACAUGAAUUCUGCUGGAUGUGCAUGGGCCCUUGGAGUGAGCACGGCACAAGCUGGUACAACUGCAACCGAUACGAAGAGCAAUCGGGUGCCGAUGCACGUGAUGCUCAAGCUCGCUCCCGUCACUCCCUGGAACGAUACUUGCACUACUACAACCGGUAUGCCAAUCACGAGCAGAGUGCCAAAUUGGACAAGGAUCUCUGGCUCAAAACCGAAAAGAAGAUGACAAGUCUGCAGUCUCAAUCCAACAUGUCCUGGAUCGAGGUACAGUUUCUUGACACUGCCGCUAAGGCGCUGCAAGCAUGCCGCCAAACACUCAAGUGGACUUAUGCCUUCGCAUACUACCUAGAGCGGAACAACAUGACCGUGAUAUUCGAGGACAAUCAGAAGGACUUGGAAAUGGCGGUCGAGAACCUUAGUCAGAUGUUUGAGAAACCUGUCAACGAACUGGCCUCUCUCAAGGUCGAGAUCUUGGACAAAACCACGUACUGCAAUAGACGACGAGAGAUUCUCUUGACCGACACUGCUAACAACCUCCAGAAGGGGGAGUGGAGUUUCAAUGUGACUUUAUGA